AUGCUCAAACUUGUCAAAGCAACAAAAUUCACACCAUGUUCUCUCGCAACAGCACCAAGAAACAAGUCUUUAUUUGUCAUCCAAUUAUUGCAAUCAACAAGACUCAUUAACAACAAUAAUCAAAUCAUUCCGAUAUUAAAUCAAUAUUCAUCCAUUUCUAAUCAUGCAAAUACUAAUAAUAAUAUAAUUGUCUGUAGACAAUUUCAUACGAGUCAUGUUCCAAGGGAGGCCGUCAUUGCAUCCAGUAAAUUCCAAAUGAAUUUCUCCAGAGAUUUAUUGACCUAUUGCUUAAUUCUUUCUGGAUUUUUGAUUUGGAUUUGGUGGUGGGAUCCAAAGAGAGAUAAAGUUUACUAUCAAGUGUUGAAUUCGAAAGGUUUGGAUGCUAGAACGUGGGAAGAUAUUUUAAAAAGUGGAAAAUCACAACAAGGAAUCAAAUUGAAUGGUAAAAUCAUGUUGAAAUAUCAGAACAAACCUCAAAACUCAUUCAAUGUCAAGCCAUUGGAAACAAGUGCUCGAUCAUUGGAUGAAAUUCUAUUAAUUCACUAUUUAUUGACCUGUUAUAAUACUCAUAGGGGAAGUAGAGAGCCACUUUAUUAUUCGACUCAUGAUUUUUAUGUUAUUAGAAAUGUACCACUAGCAUUGCAAUUUAUUGAUCCCAAAGAUUCGAGACAUCAGGUAACUGUUGAUUUUUAUUUGAGGGAUGCAUUGAUUGGACCGAGAAGUGAAAUUAUUAAUGGAAAUGAAACUCUUACUCAUCUCAAAAAGGAAAGAGUAAUUUCUGGUAAUUUGUUACAGAAAUUCUUUGAAAGUGUUAAGGAAACUGUUGAAACUUUUAACACAACUCGAGAGCCGAAUGGACUUUUAUGGAAUAAGGAAUAUACUGAUUAUGACCAGUAUGUACAAGAAUUUGUACUCAGAAAUGGGAGUGUAUCAUUUAUAGAAGGUCAAUUCAAAACUGGAAAGAGUGGAAAAUUGGAAUUUCAUUGUUCAUUGAUUUCACAUGAACCAGAACAAGUUUUCAUGCAACAUUUGAAAGAUGAAAUGAGAUGGUAUGAGAAAUUAUCUCUCAAUGCAGACAACUGGUUAACCAAAUAUUUAAAAUGA